CUCCACCAUUUUUCAGACGCAAGUGUUGCAGGAUAUGGUGUCUGUACGUAUCUAAGAGCAGUCAGUAGAUCAGGACGAAUCCACUGUUCACUUGUCAUUGCAAAGUCCAGAGUAGCACCCACCAAGGUAACUACUGUACCAAGAUUGGAGCUGUCCGCAGCAGUAGUAGCGGUGCGCAUAAGUGACAUGCUCAAAGGAGAACUAGAGUUGGAAAAUGUUCAAGAGUUCUUCUGGACAGACUCUCAGGUUGUCCUGGGAUAUAUAAACAAUGAAGCGAGGCGUUUUCAUGUUUUCGUGGCAAAUCGUAUCCAACGAAUCAAGGAAAGUACUAAACCAACACAGUGGAAGUAUGUUGCAUCAGAAGAUAACCCUGCUGACCAUGCGUCUCGAGGUCUCAAAUCUAAAGAACUCAUUGCUUCCAACUGGUUUAGUGGCCCAAGUUUUCUUUGGGAAGAUUCACUUCCCACUGGAGAGAUUAAGGUGGGAGAUCUUGACACAGAUGACCCAGAGGUACGCAAAGUUCUUGUACACCACACCUUGACAACAGAGAAUUCUCUGGCAGAACGUUUCAGCAAAUUCUCCAGCUGGACAAAAUUAGUUAAAGCUAUUGCAAGACUAAUCAGAUUUGUAAAGGAGUUGAAGGGCUCAAUAAAGCGAACCAAUAAAGCUACAAGUCUCGAAGAAAGGCAAGAAGCUGAACAUGUAGUUAUUGCCAUUGAACAAGGAUUAGUCUUUUCCAAAGAAAUCAAGGAACUCCACUCCAAGAAGGAGUUAAUUACUAAAGACAGAGCAAGCAGAUUGUAUCGACUCAAUCCCUUCUUGGACCACAAGGGCAUCCUUAGAGUGGGAGGAAGAUUAGAGCAUGCAACUUUACACCCAAAUGUCAAGCAUCCAUUUAUCUUACCAAAAACCAGUCAUAUCACCAAGUUACUGAUUGAUCACUAUCAUCAGAAAGUGAAACAUCAAGGGCGUGGCAUGACCACAAACGAACUGAGAUCUAAUGGCAUAUGGAUUCUCGGCUGUAGUCAAGCAGUAUCGUCAUUUAUCUACAACUGUGUCAAAUGCAGAAAAUUCAGGCGGCAAACAGAAGAACAAAAGAUGGCAAACCUGCCUAGCGAAAGAGUGGAGACAACUCCUCCCUUCACAUAUUGUGGGAUGGAUUGUUUCGGUCCAUUUUACAUCAAGGAGGGAAGAAGGGAACUAAAGCGCUAUGGGCUGCUGUUCACAUGUUUGUGCUCUCGUGCAGUACAUAUAGAGUUACUUGAUGAUUUAUCAACUGACGCAUUCCUUAACUCACUUCGGGCAUUCAUUGCUUUACGUGGAAACGUUCGUCAGCUGCAAUCAGACCAAGGCACCAAUUUUGUUGGAGCAAGGCGUGAGUUUUUGGAAGCAGUGAAAGAAAUGGACCAGGAAUGUCUGAAACAACUAGGCUGUGAGUUUGUCAUGAACCCACCCUCUGCCAGCCAUAUGGGUGGAGCCUGGGAACGGCAAAUCCGAACAAUCAGAAGUGUGUUGAAUUCCAUCCUGGAUCAAUCAUCUAGAACACUGGACAGUUCAUCCUUAAGAACAUAUCUAUAUGAAGUGAUGGCAAUCGUAAAUAGCCGACCCAUAACAACACAAUUACUCAACGAUCCUACUGGACCACAACCACUUACACCCAACCUUCUUUUGACAAUGAAAUCGUCAAUAAUACUGCCUCCACCAGGAGAUUUUGUAAAGGAAGACCUUUACCUUCGUAAAAGAUGGCGUCGAGUGCAGUAUCUGGCUAACGAAUUUUGGCAAAGAUGGAAAAAGGAAUAUUUGUUGAGCCUACAACAAAGACAAAAGUGGCACAAAACGAACAGAAAUGCAAAAGUCAAUGACAUCGUCAUAAUACAAGAUGAUACAACGCAGAGAAAUGAUUGGAAGCUGGCAAAAGUUACUGCUGUGUACCCAAGUCAAGAUGGAUGCAUACGAAAAGUGCAGCUACUAAUCAGUGACUCCACAUUAGAUAACCAUGGAAGGAAACUGAGUAAACCUGUCCAUCUAGUAAGGCCAAUCCACAAGACUGUCACAUUACUGGAAGCUGAUUAGCACAGUUCACAUUUCAUUCUGGAAAUCACAAGUGAUUGGUGGGAGUGUAGCUGCCGUCAGAAGCAAUGCUUAUAUAUUACACUCUAUAAACAUAAACUUUACAUUAAAAAGUCAAUAAAUAGUUAAAAUGUUCAAAUUAAUCAUUAGAAUAAAUAAGUAAUGUAUAUUUGUUGUUAAUGCAUGUUAAUUCAUUUAAAGUUAUUUAACUAAAACUAUAAGGGGGAGGGGGGAACCUUUUCUUGUUAUGUUUAGCUUGGGAAUUAUUUCAUUGUUGCAAUGAAGAUAUUCUUCCGAUCCACUACAAGUAGUUCAGCCACAAGGUGCUGUGCUAAAACACGUUUUUAAGGAUUCAAAAGUACAAAGAAGUUUGUUAAAGAGAAACUGCAACCCUUCAAGUUUAUUCCUCUUGAGUUAGAGAGGCCAAUGAGUUCUGACGGCAAUAUUGGGACAUAAAGGAGUGCAAGGCUAGAAUGUACAAGACAUACUACAGACUCGUGUCCGAAUAAAUGUCAGUUAAAAUCAA